UAUUUUAUGAUAUACAUAUGUAUGUAUGUAUGUGUGUAGGUUAAAUUGAGUUAGCUGCAAUUUUCACCCCACUAAGAAACGGAGUAAUUAUUCAUUGCAUCUAUUGAAAUCCGUUUUGUGUUUACAAUAAUAUUUUAUUAGAUAUAGUUAUUUAACUCAUAACAGUCGGUUUAAAUAAGUUUAAAUUAUGAAGUUUACAAAAUUUAAAGUUAAUGAAUUUAAAGGUUAUGUUACUGUUGUCUUGUCUGGGAUGAUUUUAAAGGAGCCCAGAAUUGAAUAUGCGUGAAAUAUUCUACGGAUCAUUCUGAACAACUUUGCAUAAAUCCGGUUUCGAGCCAGAGAUUUUUAAGGCAAAGUAUACGCGAUUUUAUACAAAAUGCUUCUGAGAGCCGCAAAAGUACUUCGAAAAUGUUACUAUUAAUGAAUUUGGCAUCUCAUUUAAAGUUUUUUUCAACUGAAGUUAAUUUUAGUUGCGUUAACUGCAGACAUCGAAUUUUUCUGUUUAGAAACAAGUUUUAAAUUAAUUUAAUUUAUACUAUUGGGGUACUCACAACGUGUCAUAAAGCAUCGUAAAAUCAUAAAAUCUUAAAUUUUUGUUGUUGGAUUGUAUACUAAAAUAAGUUUACGCAAAUACAACUCUGAACGCUAUGUUUUCGGAUCGUUAUAACUUAUAACCUUAUGAGACUACAUAUGUGAAACCCCUAUAUAAUUGAAAUUAGUGUUUUCUUUUAUUUUUUUAAAUUUAAGUUUAGUCGCGUUAUUACGUAAUACGUAUAGAAACAAUUAAAUCGGCCGCUUUUCACUAAAAGUAACAAAUUAAAAACUAUAGUUAUAAUUUGGUAAUGUGUUAUAGUUUACUUGUGCUUCAAAAAAAAAACUGAAAUCCUAAAAAAAUUUUAAAAAAGUUUAGUGGUAUGUUCCCGGUCUACGCAGGUAUAUGUUUGGAGUUGCUCCUGGUGAGCACUGGUUUCAUGGCAAAUUGGAGUUUAUGCUGAGUCAACGUGGAAAGCCUCUUCUGGUACAUGACGGUCAUACAUUUGGCAUCCAAUACGUGCGCAAGGAUAAGAAGUAUUGGCAGUGUAAUUUAUCACGAAAAUUCAAUUGUAAGGCACGUGUCACCACCACUGACACUGGCGAGAUAAUUGUAACGAACAACGAACAUUGUCAUACUGAAAUACGCCAGCAUUUACGCAAAGAUUAUCAACGAAAUAAAGUAAUGAUGAAUGCAUUGCUAAACCUUAGCACAAACAUUAGGCGUCAAAGCACUAAUGGGAACAACACCAACAAUUUAAAUAACUUAAGCAAUUUUACAGCACUAGCUACUCAUGGUACCAGUUUACUCAAUGCAGCAGCUACAGCAGCGGCUAUGAGUGGGCACGGUAGCGCUAGUCUGCAGAGCUUUCAUAACGAAUGUUUAGAGCAACAGACGCAGCACCAUACUCCUGGUGUUGUGGAUUUUACAAAAGACAGGGGCACGAUCUCACCUUCACGUAUAACUCCAAACAUACACAAUCAACCUAUAAUAGAUGAACAUGUAGACUCAUCUAGACCAUUGGACUGUGGUUUUCGACAAUCUACGACGACUACCGUACCAAAUGAUUUUGAAAAAGAAAUAAAUAGUCGUGACAGCAGCUAUAACGGUGCAACGUGGAAGUGCAAAAACGAAAUUGGAGAUUCCUGAAAAAGAUAUACCAAGGUCAAAACUAUUUUUUAAGAUAAAAGCAAACAGGCACUUCCAUUUCAACAAUUUUCGCAAUAUUUGGGAAGAUUGCACUGAAGUUUAAAAAUACUCGUAUUUGUUACACUCAAUGUACAACAGCCAAAUCCAAAGAAUUUUUAUCUACCUAUUUUUUGAUAAUUUAAUACCAUUUUAUGACAAUAUACAAUAUUAAGUUACACGUUUUUAAAAAAUUUUUCUAAUAAAAUACAUUUUGGGGAAA